UUCUUCACGAUCAAAGUCCAAAACAAAGUCAGCUGUUACUUGUUGGAGAAAAUGGAAAAUAAUGUCGACGUCGUGACAAAAAUAUUUACAAGGUUGAGAAGACUUUUCUACAUUGUGUCUCCAAAAGAAACUUCUUUUCCAACAGUGGAAAAAGUUCCAAAGUAUGUCGAUGAGGCCAUACCAUUUUUCAUUUGUUUGAUAAUUCUGGAAGUUCCUAUUUUGUACUUGAGAGGGAAACGCCUGCCGCGAUUUAAUGACAGCUUUGGUUCUUUGGCGAAUGGGCUGCUGUCUCUAUUGCACGGGCUGCUGUUUCGUUCUGUGGAGCUGGUGACCUAUAUCUGGGUCUAUGAACACUUUAACCUUGUUGACCUCCCGUGGGACAGUCCGUGGACCUGGUUAUUAGGCUUCCUGGGGGUGGACUUCGGAUACUACUGGGUACAUCGAUGCGGUCACGAGGUCAAUAUAAUGUGGGCGGGGCAUCAGGUCCACCAUAGUUCAGAGGACUAUAACCUUGUGACUGCACUCAGACAGUCGGCACUUCACAGAUAUGUUGGAUGGGUAAGAGUUAUCGUCCUUGCUAGAAAGAGUUAGCGCUCCUGAGCUAUUAUGAACAUUGCUGUCUUAACUUGACAUAUCACAGCA